AUGGUGAUGAAAAUGAUUUCAGACCAGGGCAGCGUUGCUGGCAGCGCCUCCCUGGGCUGGGCUGGAGGGCGGGAGGUGAUGCUGGGCCGGCUUCGAUGGCACAGGAAGCCUCUGGAGGUGCAGCAGAGGAAUGCUGCUCCCAGCCCACGCCUGCCACCGAGCGAGCUGCGGGAGAAGAGUGGGAAAAGCGUCGGGAAAAUGUCCUCUAGUGAGAUCACCCGGCUUUGGGCUGAGAGUGUAGAUGGGGCCCAGUACCCAGGGCUGGAGUACAGCGAAGUGCUGCCCGAGUCAUUCCCGUCGGCGCCGGCCGAGACGCUGCCGCACUUUUUGCGCGAGCCGCAGGACGCCUACAUCGUCAAGAACAAGCCUGUGGAGCUCGUGUGCCGCGCCAACCCCGCCACGCAGAUCUACUUCAAGUGCAAUGGAGAGUGGGUCAACCAGAACGACCACGUCACCAAGGAGAGCCUGGACGAGGUCACCGGGCUGCUGGUGCGGGAGGUGCAGAUCGAGGUGUCCCGGCAGCAGGUGGAGGAGCUCUUUGGCCUGGAGGAUUACUGGUGCCAGUGCGUGGCCUGGAGCUCGGCCGGCACCACCAAGAGCCGCCGGGCCUACGUCCGCAUCGCCUACCUACGGAAGAAUUUUGAUCAGGAGCCUCUGGGCAAGGAGGUGCCACUGGAGCAUGAGGUGCUGCUGCAGUGCCGCCCGCCCGAGGGGGUCCCACAGGCUGAGGUGGAGUGGCUGAGGAACGAGGACGUCAUCGAUCCCAGCCAGGACACCAAUUUCCUGAUCACCAUCGAUCACAACCUGAUCAUCAAGCAGGCCAGGCUGCUGGACACUGCCAACUACACCUGCAUGGCCAAGAACAUCGUGGCCAAGCGCCGCAGCACCACGGCCGCUGUCAUCGUCUAUGUGAAUGGUGGCUGGUCCACCUGGUCUGAGUGGUCUCCGUGCAACAACCGCUGUGGCCGGGGCUGGCAGAAGCGCACGCGGACCUGCACCAACCCCGCGCCCCUCAACGGCGGCUCCUUCUGUGACGGGCAGCCCUUCCAGAAAAUCACCUGCACCACCCUCUGCCCAGUGGAUGGUGCCUGGACAGAGUGGAGCAAGUGGUCGGCGUGCAGCACCGAGUGCACCCACUGGCGCAGCCGCGAGUGCGCGGCCCCUGCGCCCCGCAACGGCGGCAAGGACUGCAGCGGCGUGCUGCUGGACUCCAAGAACUGCACUGACGGCCUCUGCCUGCACAAUAAAAGAAUUCUAAACGAGCCCAAAAGCCACCUGCUGGAGGCCACGGGUGAUGUGGCCCUGUACGCCGGGCUGGUGGUGGCCAUUUUUGUCUUCAUCGUGAUCCUCAUGGCCGUGGGGGUGGUGGUGUACCGGAGGAGGCGCCGGGAUUUCGACACGGACAUCACCGACUCCUCGGCCGCGCUGACCGGGGGCUUCCACCCCGUCAACUUCAAGACAUCCCGGCAUGACAACCCCCAGCUGCUGCACCCAUCCAUGCAGCCGGACCUGACGGCCAGCGCGGGCGUGUACCGCGGCCCCAUGUACGCCCUUCAGGACUCCUCUGACAAGAUCCCCAUGACCAACUCCCCCCUGCUGGACCCCCUGCCCAGCCUCAAGAUCAAGGUCUACAACUCCUCCACCGCCUCCUCCUCCUCGCCGGGGCUGCACGAUGGCACAGACCUGCUGGGGGGGGUCCCUGCCACUGGCACCUACCCGGGGGACAUGGCCAGGGAUGGCCACUUUGCCAACGUGAGGAGCAAAGGCCUGGGCUCCCAGCACCUCCUCAGCCUGCCCCGGGAGCAUGGCUACAGUGCCAGUGGCACAUUUGGCUACCUGGGGGGAAGGCUCACCGUGCCAGGCACAGGGGUGAGCCUGCUGGUGCCCCACGGGGCCAUCCCCCAGGGGAAGUUCUACGAGAUGUACCUGGUGCUCAACAAGGCUGAGACUGCACUGCUGCCCUCUGAGGGCACACAGACCGUGCUGAGCCCUGCAGUGAGCUGUGGGCCCACAGGGCUGCUCCUCUGCCGCCCCGUUGUCCUGACCAUUCCCCACUGCGCCGACGUCGCCUCCUCGGACUGGAUCUACCAGCUGAAAACACAGUCCCACCAGGGAAACUGGGAGGAAGUUGUGACCCUGGAUGAGGAGACCCUCAACACUCCCUGCUACUGCCAGCUGGAAGCCAAGUCCUGCCACAUUUUGCUGGACCAGCUUGGCACCUAUGUCUUUGUGGGGGAGUCCUACUCCAGGUCAGCCAUCAAGAGGCUGCAGCUGGCCAUCUUUGCUCCCACUGUCUGCACCUCCCUGGAGUACAGCCUCAAGGUCUACUGCUUGGAGGACACACCAGAUGCUCUGAAGGAGGUGCUGGAGCUGGAGAGGACACUGGGAGGGUACCUGCUGGAGGAGCCCAAGCCCCUGCCCUUCAAGGACAGCUACCACAACCUGCGCCUCUCCAUCCACGACAUCCCGCACGCGCUGUGGAGGAGCAAACUGCUGGCCAAGUACCAGGAAAUCCCCUUCUACCACAUCUGGAGCGGCAGCCAGCGAGCCCUGCACUGCACCUUCACCCUGGAGAGGUACAGCCAGGCCUCCACCGAGCUCACCUGCAAGAUCUGCGUCCGGCAGGUGGAAGGGGAGGGGCAGAUCUUCCAGCUCCACGUCACGCUGGGAGAGCAUGGCAGCUCCUCCGACACCCUCCGCUCCCACCACAGCGGUGCCACCUCCACCUCCACCUCCACCACCCAGGUGGGACCCUACGCCUUCAAAAUCCCCCUCUCCAUCCGGCAGAAGAUCUGCAACAGCCUGGAUGCUCCCAACUCCAGGGGCAAUGACUGGAGACUUCUCGCCCAGAAGCUUUCCAUGGACCGGUAUCUGAACUACUUUGCCACCAAAGCCAGCCCCACAGGGGUGCUCCUGGACUUGUGGGAAGCCGAGCACCAGGACGACGGCGACCUCAACACCCUGGCCAGUGCCUUAGAGGAGAUGGGCAAGAGCGAGAUGCUGGUGGUCAUGGCCACGGAGGGGGACUGCUGAUGCUGCUCCCCACGCCUGGGGGGCCAGGAGGACGAAGCAGGGGCUGAGGAAGGGUCCUCCCCCCGUGGCAGGGGGAGGCACAUCCGUCCUGAGCGGGGAGGGCACCUCUCCUGCACCACUGUCAGCCUUAGAGACCCAUCCUCAGCGUUUACAAGCAAUCCAAGUGUUACACAGCAUUCCUCCUCCUCCUCCUCGUGGCACGGGGAGGAAUUAGGGCUUCUCGAGUCAAUGGGAUGGGGGCUUUCCUUUUCCUUCUUGUUUUUGGGUUCCCUUCCUCCUCCUCCUCCUUUAAUAGCAUUUCUGUGUGGAAGAGAUGAAUACAAUCCAGGCUUAACUUCUGUCAAAGGCUUCAGGCAGCUUAACGAGGCAAAUAGGAAAGAUAAAAAAAAAGAAAAAAAAAAGAGUUUCUUAGGAAACGCAAAUAAUUUAUUAUCCAGAUCUUUGGAUGUGUCCUUUUUAAAAAAAAAAUAUAGAAAAAAGAAAAAAAAGACAGAUUUAUAAAUCUCUUUUUUUUUUGGUGUGUGAGAGCAAGAGCGUCGCUGUGGUCAGGGUGGCAGAGAGAGAUUUCAAUGGAUACACUUUUGUAGGGAAAAGCGUGUGAUCCAAGUUGAGGAAAACAUGUUUACAUGUCCUGGGACCCCCAGGGAGUCCAGAGGUUGAAGUGCCUCCCCACCCCUUUGCUUCAGGGCCAGCUCAGACCCUUCCCAAGGCUUUUGUCCUUGCAAACUCCCUUUUCCAGUGGGAAUGACAGGUCCCGCUCCACCUGCAAGGAGGGAUGAGGGAUGCUGCCCUGGAUUUAGGGUUCAGGGUGGGCAGAGUGCAUCCAGAUCUGGGUAUUUUUAAUGAAUUCUUCCCUGGCAUGGUUUGGGGGAGCUUUUUAGGACGGCUACGCCUUCAUUUACACAAGUUCAGUACAAACCAAAGAUUUCAGUCCUGCGCCAACCUCCGGACUCGAGGCUAAAGGGCGGCGUGUUGUAAACCCAGCAGGGUUUUGCAGUGAGCACCCCAAACCUUGGCUGGGGCUCAGAGGGAGGUGAUAAAUGGGUGUGGAGGGGUCAGGGGAGAGCAGGGGCUGACAGGCUGGGAUGUGGCCACUUCAAACUGCCUCCACUUCAGGUCCCUGCACUCCUGCCUGGAUUUUGAUGCAGUAUUCCAGCACGCAUUCAGGGAGAGAUACUCUGGUAUUCCCAAGCUGCCAACCAGGCUGAGCAGUUUCACAGGAGGAGUGCUCAGGUUUCCAUCCCUCACUGCAGCUCCUGUUUUUCCCUGGAACAGGUUUUUUAUAACAAUGGGGAAGCUGUGGGGUGAGUGGGAAGUAACCCAGUGGUAGGCAGGAACGAGGUUCCUCAGUCAGAUACGGUGUCUUGAUGAAGGUAAAAAAAUUAGGUUGCCUGCAGGUAGAAAUAGUUACUCACUGAGUGCUGUAUCUUAGAAAUUUGUCUGUUAAAAAAAAAAACUAAAAAAAAAUAGGAAGGGGGUGGUAAGCUCAGGAUUAGACUAGGUCACACUGCCAGGCUGUGGGUUCCCCAUCAGUGGAAGUAUUAGGAGCAUGACAGUGGAAGUAUUAGCUGGGACAUGGCAGCAUUCCUGUGGGCAUUUCCUGAGGCCCUGCUGGAAAGUUCUGAGCUGCUCCCUGCUUGUCUCAGGGUCCCUGGGGUUCACUCCUUGCUGGGUUUCAAGGCUGUGGGAGAGAAGGGAUCUUUUCCCCUUGUGCUGGGUGGGAAAACUGCUGCUAGGAGAGCUCCUGUGCCCCAUGAGAAGGGAUUCAUCUGUCAUUUGGGUUGCAUUUCACCAUUUCUGAGACCCUCUGAGCUAAGGAAGAAGAAAGAGCAGAUUUGGAGAGCAAUAAACACUCAGUGGAUCAAUCCAGCUGCCCAUGGUCUCCAGGGCUCCUUCCUCAGCUCCAGGGGGCUCUCUGAGGGAUGAGAAGCUCCUUCAGGUCACCUGGGAAUCUCUCUAGCUCCCAUUCUCUGCUCUGUGGAUCACUGUGCUGGGAUGUGUGUGUGUCUGUCCGUCCUGCCCGUGGGUGCCUCUCUCCAUCCCUCUCCAUCUCUGAUCCCCUUCCUUUGGGCAGGCAGCAUGCCCUGGCUUGGCUGAAGUGCAUCUUUGGGGAGCUGCUCCCCAUUUCCCUGACCAGGAGCAGGAGGGCAGGGGGGAUGCAGGGUUUGCCUCCAUCUCCAUCUCCGUGGGUGCCUGCUCCUCCACUCCUCCCAGGGGCUCCUCCAGCCAAGGCAUUCCCAUGGUCUGGCAGUGUCCAUCUCUUGCCCCAAAAUGUGUUUUCCAUAUUUAUAUGUCCAGGGGAUGGGCCCAGUGGCAUCCUCUAAACCCUCGUCUGUUUGUUCUGUAAACUAAAGAACUGUAAAUAAAGUUUAGCAUUCCUAUUGUAACAAAUUAAUUUUUAUGCAAUAAAUUAUAUUUCCUAGUCUAAUAAUAAAAAAAAAAUAAAAACAAAAAAAAGGAAACCAU